AUGGCGCACCAAACCACAAACUCUCCAACACCAUGUUCCACCCACAAUGUGACACAAACCCUCCUAUGGCGUUGUGAGCCAAAACUGCCACCUGUGGAGCCCUGUCCAAUCACUUUCCCUACUUCAUCGGUUUCUCUAGUGGAGGAGGUCGACGUAAGCACCACAAGAUAUGGUGGCCACUUCGCUCUAAUCCAUGUGCUAUCUCCUUCAUCUCGACCUCCUCAAAACUAUCGGCGCUUCCAAAACAUAAAAAGAGCACCAACGACAGCGGUGGAGCAUCUAACCAUUUCCUAA